AUGACCGUCUCAUAUUCAGAGUAUGACAAUGACGAAGCGAUUGCCGACUUCUUUACGAAGACCUCGGCCGCUCGUUCUACAUGCGACGCUCGAGCAAGGGGACUCGUCGGAGGCAGUGCCAUCCCUGUCGAAGGGCAAGGCAACUGUAGCUACUCGGUCUAUGCUGGACCUGACCUUGAAUAUGUCGUUCAAUUCCGGCUCAAAUCCCUGGAACUCAAGACCGAGACUACCACACUGGCGCGCAAGAUAUACGGAGCUCUGGUGCCGGAGGUUUCGUUCGAAGGCGCAAUUGGAGAUGAUAGCAAAGGAAAAGAACCUCUUUAUGUAUACUUAAUGAGUCGUAUACAGGGAAUCACACACUUGGACUUCCUCUUGACACAUGACUUUCCUGACAACUCGCAAGAAAAGGUUACCUGGCGCAAGAAUUUCAUGGUGGAUAUAGCAGGCUUCUUUGCGACCUCGUGGAAUAACCCCCAGAAAGUCGACUCUGCGUAUCGGGACCAACUAGGCUAA